AAUAAAACUCCAUCCUUAUGCUAUGGACCAGCGCGAUGAAAUGAAUCGGAGCAUUUUGGAUGUGGCCAUCAUGUAUCGCCAGAAAAAGAUCUUCGAUAUUGUGAAGGAACAGAAGAUACCAAUGGCUAGAAUGCGUCGAUUUCUUGAUUAUAGCGGAAACAAAUUGUUGCACCAUGUUGCAGAUAUGAAGAAAAACAGUGGAGUAACCAAGCCUGGGCCUGCACUCCAACUUCAGGAGGAGUUGAAAUGGUUUGAGCGAGUGCAAGACGUAAUCCCUUCUUAUUAUGUCCCGCUUCUGAACAAAGAUGGAAUGACUGCAAGAGAGUGCUUCGAAAUAGCCCACGAGAAGCAACUGGAAAAGGCACAAACAUGGAUCAAGGAAACAUCUCAGUCUUGUUCCACUGUAGCUGCACUUGUUGCAACUGUUGUCUUUGCUGCCGCCUAUACUGUGCCCGGAGGUUCUGAUGAAAAUGGCAAGCCCAUCUUCAUCAACUCUCCCUAUUUUCUGAUUUUCACUGUCUCUGAUGUUGUCUCCUUAGCAAGCUCCUUGACUUCGCUUGUGGUGUUUCUCUCUUUGUUGACCUCUCCAUUUGAGCUACAAGAAUUCCACAUCUCUCUUCCUCGAAAACUUAUUGUUGGCUUCUCCUUCCUCUUCUUUUCUGUGUUAACGACCAUGCUAUCAUUUGGCGCCACAAUUUUGAUACUCAUUCAGACAGAGAGGAGGUUGACAACAUUACUCCUUUCCAUUGCUUCAUUCCUUCCUGUCUUAAUCUUUGGAAUAUUGCAAUUCCGUCUGUAUGUCUCCUUCAUGGGCACUACAUUAUACAUCGUUAAACCAGGAAAGCUCAGCCAGCGUUUCUUGUCCCCUGCUCAGCAUGGUGGAAAAUAGCUCCGUCGAGAAGAUUAAUACUGGAGAUUUAACUGGCAUAGAGGUUUUUCCCUUUUCUUGUUUGUUUGAACCUCAACCAUUGAUCAUUAUAAAUUGAGUGUAAUAGCGUGUAUGGUUUUUCCUUUUCCUUUUUCUUGAUAUUUAUGUGGUUUUCCUCUCUUCAAUGAUGGCCUUGAAGCCAGCAUGUAUUAUAUAUAGUGUCAUAGGUUGGUAUUUGACUAGUAUGAUGUCAGGCCUUCAAGCUUGCUUCA